AUGUCCUCCGAUUCCGAGUACAAGAUCAUCCAACCACCAGGGCAAACUCGCCCAUAUCCUCAACCAACCAAGACUGGCCGCAUCCCCUUCGAAUACUCCCCAACUGGCCUGAAGGGCGAGACGUGGUAUCAGCAAUGGGGCGACCUCUCCACCUCCAAGCAAACCCCCCUCAUCUGCCUCCACGGCGGCCCAGGAGUGCCUUCUAAUUACCUCCUCCCGAUCUCCCUAAUUCACACCGACUACUCCAUCCCAGUGAUAAUGUACCAUCAAAUCGGUUGCGGCGAAUCGACCCACUUCAAAGACAAAAAAGGCGAUACCGCCUUCUGGACCCCCGCGCUCUUCAUGGCCGAACUCGACAACCUGAAAUCCUACCUAGACAUCAAGGAAUUCGACCUCCUAGGCCAAAGCUGGGGCGGCAUGCUCGCAGCCCAAUACGCCAUCGAACGCCAACCCCCCAACCUGCGCAAACUCGUCAUCAGCAACAGCCCCUCCAACAUGACGCACUGGGUGCGCGUGGCCAACAAGCUGCGCAGCGCCCUCCCCAAAGCCGUACAGGAAACCCUCGACCGCUGCGAGCGCGAAGGCAAAACGGACACAGAAGAAUACGAGUCCGCCGUCGCAGUCUUCUACAGCCGGCACGCGUGCCGCUUGGACCCGUGGCCGCAAGAGCUCAACGACGCUUUCGCGUAUAUGAAGCAGGAUAACACGGUGUACGAGACGAUGAACGGGCCGAGCGAGUUUCACGUCAUUGGGAGUCUGAAGACUUGGUCUAUCACCGAAGAGUUGGGGAAGAUUACGGCCGAGACGGCGCCGGGGGGGUUGUUGGUCAUGAAUGGGUAUUUUGACGAGGCGCAGGAUGAGACGGUGGAGCCGUAUUUCUUAAGGCCGACGUGUAGGACGAGGUGGGUGAGGUAUGCGUUGAGUAGUCAUAUGCCUGAGUUGGAGGAGACGGAUGCGUAUGUGCGGGAUUUGGGGAUGUUUUUGAUGUCUGGAUAG